AUGGCGUCCGCGUCCGUAUCUCGAAAAGAGCUCAAGACGGUAGUUUCUAAUGUUAUAGCUGAAUCCAGCAAGCAAAAUAUCAAGAGUCUUAAAGAUUCACAGUUCGAUGCGCUUUACUCCUUUUUGAAUUCUGAAGACACUUUCGCGUGUCUACCAACUGGUUACGGUAAAAGUCUAAUUUAUCAGAUGGCGGUGAUGGUUGCGAAAAUCAGUGGUCUUCCGACAAAACCAUUUGUUGUCGUUAUAUCGCCACUAAAUGCACUGAUACAAGAUCAGAUUGACUCGUGCCGAUCGCUUGGCUUAAUUGCUGCCAAGUUUGAGCUCGAUCUGUGCAAAGAAGAAAAUUCCAAGACAGUGGACGAAACAGAAGUGGUGUUUUGUAGCCCUGAAAUGCUCGAGCACCUCGAAGCCAAGCGACUUCUCUCCAAGUUGGAUCAUCGCCUUCCCGGCAUCGUAGUAGACGAAUCACACUGUGUCACAAGUUGGGGUCUUACAGUCACGCCAUUUCGAGCUGCAUAUGGGAAGAUUGGCGAUCUUCGUGGCUUUACUAAAAAGCCUAUCAUGUGCUUAACAGCAACAGCCGGAAAAACAGUGAGGAAUUAAAUUAUCAAAAAUUUGCAUAUGCAGAAUGCAAGAGUAAUCAACCUCGCACCUGACAA